AUGGCAUCUGAGAUUAAUUUACUUAGGCAGAAAAAUGCUAGACUUAUGGUUGAGAAUACUGAGUUUAAAGCCAAAUAUAAUGUUAAAAAUGUCAAGCGUGAUUCUGAGAAUGCUGAACUUAAGGCUAAAGUUAUAAAGUUAGAAUAA